AUGGCGUUAAAGAAAGCAGGUGUUUUAGGAGCCACUGGUUCUGUUGGUCAACGUUUUAUUUUACUUUUGGCCAACCAUCCUGAAUUUGAAAUUCAUGCAUUAGGUGCUUCGGGUCGUUCAGCUGGUAGGAACUAUAAGGACGCAGUUACAUGGAAACAAACUGAAUUGCUUCCAGAAUCCGCUAAAAACAUCAAGGUAGAAGAAUGUAAGCCAGAUGGGUCAUUUGCUGAAUGUGACGUUGUGUUUUCGGGAUUGGAUGCUGACUUUGCUGGGCAAAUCGAAAAGGACUUUGUUGAAGCGGGCUUGGUUGUCAUUUCAAACGCCAAAAACUACAGAAGAGAGGCAGAUGUACCAUUAAUUGUGCCAAUUGUUAAUCCAGAACAUUUGUCGGUUGUUGAAAAGAAGGUUGAAGAUGCCAAGGCUAAUGGUAAGACCAAACAAGGAUUUAUCAUUUGUAUUUCUAAUUGUUCGACUGCAGGGUUAGUUGCACCAUUGAAGCCUUUGGUUGAUGCUUACGGUCCAAUUGAAUUAUUAACAUCUACUACUUUACAGGCUAUUUCUGGUGGUGGUUUCUCUCCAGGUAUUCCAGGUAUUGAUGUUUUGGACAAUAUUGUUCCAUUCAUUAGUGGUGAGGAAGAAAAGAUAGAAUGGGAAACCAAAAAGAUUUUGGGAGGUAUUAAUGAUAAGGGAACAGAAUUCAAGAUCUUAUCUGAUGACGACAUUAAAGUGAGUGCUCAAUGUAAUCGUGUUGCUGUCAGUGAUGGUCACACCGAGUGUAUCUCUUUGAAGUUCGCCAACAGACCACCUCCAUCCCUUGAACAAAUCAAGCAAACUUUAAGAGAUUAUGUCUGUGAUGCCUCGAAGUUGGGUUGUCACUCAGCUCCAAAACAAACCAUCCAUGUUUUAGAAGAACAAGACAGACCACAACCUAGAUUGGACAGAGAUAGAGACAGCGGUUAUGGUGUUUCUGUUGGUAGAAUUAGAGAGGAUCCUGUCUUAGAUUAUAAGAUGGUCGUCUUAUCUCACAACACCAUUAUUGGUGCUGCUGGAGCUGGUAUAUUAAUUGCCGAAAUUUUGUUAGCCAAGAAUAUCAUCUAG